UUGACUUGGGAGGCGAAGAAGAAACGGCGUCAGCGUUCAAAACAAGACUUUGAAGUUCCCCCUGUGGUCUGGCGCCGUGUCCUCGCGAAAAUGUCCAAAAUCAAAGACGAGCACGCGUCUAGCAACAAGAAGAUGAUCUCCCUCCCCAUCUCCAGGGUGAGGCUGAUCAUGAAGAGCUCCCCGGACGUGUCCAGCAUCAACCAGGACGCGCUCUUCCUCACCACCAAAGCGACAGAGCUGUUUGUCCAGCACCUGGCUCACUCCUCGUUCAACAACGGACCCGGGAAAGAAACCAACAGCUUGUCCUACAGCGACCUAGCUAACACCGCGGAGGAGACCGAGACGUUCCACUUUCUAACAGAUAUCCUGCCCAAGAAGAUCUUGGCUCGAGAUUACCUCAGAACAUUGGAGCAAAUGGAAGAAGAGGAUGCUGAUUUUUAAGAAAAAUUACACUGGAUACAUUUCACAUCUGGACGGAUCAAAUGUACACACGUUUUCCUGCCAUUAAUUUACUAAACAUAGUGACUGGCAGAAGAGACACCCUGAGCUUUCUCAGUGCUUUUAAAUAGCCUUUAGUUCAGUUGCAGGGCUUGUGGGUAAAGUUAGUGGAAUGCGGAAGUGGAAGUGAAGCCACACAGGGCUAAUGUGAAAUCAGGUGGAGAUAUAAAAGAUCAACAAGACAGAGUCUUGGAUAAAACUAGAAGCUGUACAGUAUAUCUAUGAUAAAUAAUCAAUGCCAGCAAGCUGAAUUUAUCAUAAUUCCAUUACCCAUUAACUAUUUUUCCAUGAAGAGGCAUAAGUACUGUUGUUGCUCAUUAAUGUUGCACGUAGAACGUAGAUCUUGGAACAUUUUUGGGGUUUCAGAGUGAUUUUGUGUGCCCUGCAUUCCUUGAUUAUCUUUGAAGGUUUUCUCGUCACAGUGUCUCAGAAUUUUGUUUUUCCAAUGUUCAACAUCUUGAAGACCUUCUUGUAAAAGACCCAGAAUUCAUUCCUGGAGAACAGAUGUAUCAGCAGAGUUAUUGUUGCCUUUAAAAUAUCAACACUUAAUUUCAGAGAUGCGGUCAAACAAUGAUUUCCAAGUGAAAUAUACUGAUGUUAUCCACCCCCAAGUGAGUGGAUUACUAUAAAUACUUGUAUGUUGUUUGAACUAAUCAAAUACAUCUGUUUUCCGCUUCACUACAAAGCAGCUCGACACACUGUGUCUUUCCAAAUGAAAAUUCACACUCAGCCUCACAGAUGUUCCGUAACAGUUUUCAAUGCAUCUUCCUCGUAUAUUUACAAAUUUGUUGUUUAGAUUUGAUAUUGAAAUAAAAGUUAGUCUUUUA